GUGUUAUUAGCUCUUUCUUGAAACACAUAAAUAUGUUUCAAUUUUCCAUACAUGCAAAAGCUUAAGAACUAGAAAUAUGAAAACCAAACAAACAUUCAUGUAGUAAUUAAUCAUAUAUAGAAACUUUGUUAUUUUUUUUUGUUGGAGCUGAUCCAUGGACUCCAUCUUCUUCCUUGAAGAAGGAGACCGCGCCGUCUUUCUAUUAAAGAUAAUGGAGUCAUUUGGUUGCUCCUACAUAUGCCUUUGGCAAUACUUCCAACCUUCCAACACUUUCAUGUCCUUGGGUGGAAUCUACAACGGAGAAAAUGACGUUGCCCAGAGAUUAUUCGAAGAAUAUAAGCAUUCAUGGCUUAUCAUGGAUAACAGCCGCAUUCCAGGACUGGCCUUCAAGAACAAUGUUCCUUAUAUGGAACUGAAGUUUGCUGAUCUUCAAUCACAUGCAUCCAAUCCAGUUCAGCUUCAAUUCUAUUACGAAGCUGGGAUAAAGACAACUAUAUGUAUGGGAUGCAGCAUAGGAGAAAUUGAAUUUGGAAUGACUUGUAGCCCCCAAGUAAAUUUGGAAAUGGGGAUGAAAAACUUGUUUCCGGAAUACUUCUCAACAAGAUCAGUACUUGCUCAUCAUCAGACAUUAUUGCUGACAAAUAUUGAUCAAAAUAGGCCAUCGCCAUCUUCAUCAUUCUCUCUCGAUAGCCCAGGAGAAUACUCAUCGCUUUUAUUCAAUCCACCCCGAACAGAUGCCUUCCCCGAGCAGACCAUAAGACCAGUUUCUGCCACGGCCAUGCCAUUCCAUCAGCAACAAUCUAUUGAUCAGACAUUAACUCAACUCCGAGGCAGCAUUCAAUUCCCGGGGGUAGAAACUGAAGAUGCUGCAUUGACAAGAGCGUAUCUCGCUGUCAUGACAUCAACUUCUUCUUCAUCGUCAUCUCACCAAUCGCGAGAAAAUAUUAAUGUACCAACAGAUUAUCAUUAUCAAAAGGCAACUGCAUUCAGAAGGUUCAGACCAGGUUUAGGUCGUCCUAGUAAUGUGCAAAUAGGCACAUCCAGAACAAUUCGUCGAGAAAACAUGUUGAGAAGAUCCAUUACAUUCUUCAGGAAUUUAAUUAUGAUGAGAAGGCAAGAGCAAAUCCAGGCGAACCAGCGUGCACCUACUAGCACUCAAGUUCAUCAUAUGAUUUCAGAAAGAAGAAGACGCGAAAAGCUUAACGAUAGCUUUCAACUACUUAGAUCUUUACUCCCUCCUGGUACAAAGAAGGACAAAGCAUCUGUUCUUUCCAGUACAACAGAAUACUUAACUUCUUUGAAAGGUCAAGUGGAAGAACUUAGCAAAAAGAAUGAAAUGCUGGAAGCAGAGUUAGAUAAACCAGAAGACAUGAUGAAAUGCGAUGCGAUUAGCUCAUGUGAUGGAAAUGAAAGAGUAGCUGUUGAAAUAACAAAUGUAAGUGAAUCAAGUUUAUCAAAAUCAAGAGUAGUGAAAUUGCAAGUUUCAGUAAGAGGAGAAUGCAACGUCUUGGAUUUUGCCACUCGUUUACUCGAAUUCUUGAAAACUCAAAACGAUCUAACCUUAGAGUCAGUAGCAGCAAACACCAGGCCGUCCAUGGUUACUCACAUUACUUUGAGAAUUAGAAUUCAGGGUAGUGAAUGGGACGAGUCUGGUUUCCAGGAAGCAGUGAAAAGGGUUGUUGAUGACUUGUCAUAG